AUGACUGAGCCACUUUAUUCUGCAGAGCAAAUCAAGAUUCCUUCUGACCUUCCAGAAAUCCUAAAGAACUAUGCAAAGUUUAUCAUCAAAUCCCAGCCUGCUGAUAUUUUGGCUAGUUCUUCCGAAUAUUUUGCAAGACUGGCUAAACAACGCACGCAAGCUAAUGCAGGAAAGCGGUUGAGUGAUAUGCAGUUGGAUGCAUUUUAUACAAAGUUCUCCUCAUCAGAAGAAAGAAGCUCUGUUUCAAGAAAGGAUAUUGAAGAGGCGGCAAGCCUUGCGAAUAUUCCCUCUGCUCAGGUUCAAGAUAUUUUCUUACUUGGCGGAUGGACUUCGGACAAGAUACCAUGGGUCAAGUUUUGGGCUUUUUUGUGUGCUUCGGCUGCUGGGACGCUAGAGGCAACCGCAGAGCUUGUUUGCAAUCUUGUAGGCGACAACGGAAAAGUACCAGUUGCUCUUAUUCAAGAGGUGGUGGUAUUUUUGGUUGAGCAAGAUAGAGCCAUUGACCCUGCUAUUGGACGCAACAUUGUUCAAGCAUUCGAGGGGAUCUCUCAGCGGGAAUAUCCCACUAAAUCUGUUCUAGAGAUUGUGUUGAAGGAGCUACAAGGAAACUCUUUGUUAAAUGCAGACGCUCCAGUCAAUCCAGAGUCUGAUACACAUGUCCAUAUGGACGAAUCUCACCCUCCAGUAGAUAAUAUGCAGCAAGACGAAGCAGCCAACAUAGAUUCAUUUGAAAACAAGGAUGAGGAUAUGAACACUACAGGUCAAGAGCCCGCCAAUGAAAACGCAGAAUAAGCCGAAAGAUGCAAUGUUUUGGAAAUAAACAUAAUUCUACAAACU